GAAUACUGUACUAGAGAAGACGUUGGACAGUUUUGAACAACAUCAUGAGUUCAGUCACAAAUUCUGCUUAUACUGAAACAACUGAUUAUGACUAUGAGAACAAUUAUACAAAUCAUUCACCGGAAAGUCCAGUACCUACACCAGAGUCUCCAGCACUUUGCACGGAUGUGGUGUGUGUUUUACUAGCAACACUAAAUGUGAUUAUUAUGGUUCUUGGACUCACUGGAAAUGGUUUGGUGAUCUGGAUUGCAGGGUUUAAGAUUAAGAAAACAGUCAACACUGUCUGGUACCUCAGCCUCGCUGUGUCCGACUUCCUCUUCUGUGUCUUUCUGCCCUUACACAUUGUCUAUACUGUUAAAAAUGAGUGGGUCUUUGAGCUGUUCAUGUGCAAGUUUGCGUCAUUUAUCAUGAUCCUUAACAUGUUCAGCAGCAUCUUCCUCCUCGUCAUCAUCAGUGUGGAUCGCUGUGUUGUGGUGAUGUUUCCUGUUUGGGCACAAAACAAGCGCAGCAUACGCAGGGCCUUGGUGAUUGUUCUACUAGCCUGGAUCAUGUCAGCAUUGCUCAGCUUACCAGCAGCUAUUUUCAGAGAUCUAGAGCACUAUGACUCAAAACAGGUCUGUUACUACAACUACACGCUUAAUGAAGAACACGUUGCUGUCGUAGUGUGCAAAUUCAUUUUUGGAUUUGUGAUCCCCUUACUGAUCAUCAUGUUUUGUUAUUUCAUGAUCAUAAGAAAGCUAAAAUCUAACCAUAUGGCGAGGUCCAAUAAGCCAUUUAGGGUGAUGACAGCACUGAUAGUUGCUUUUUUCAUUAGCUGGCUGCCUUAUCACAUUUUUAACUUAUUGGAAACAGACCUAAAAUAUGAAAGUGUCAUCCCUACCGGACAAAGAUUUGGAAUCGCACUUGCAAGCACCAACAGCUGCAUGAACCCUUUUCUUUAUGCUUUCAUGGGAAAGGACUUCGAGAGGAAAUGCUAUGCACUUCUGUCAAAGAUUGAGAGCACAUUCGAGGAGGAAGCACGGAGUACUCUCAGAGGGACGUCUAUUACUACCUCAGGAGACGGCAAACUUUCAACGACUGUUUAAAGAGAUCGAGCCUUGCAAGCAAUAGUGUAUAUCUGCUAUAAAAAGUAGAAAAAUGUUCCAUAAAAUUUAAUGUAACCAUAAAUGGAUGUGAAAUUUGCAAUAUGCAGUAUGUUGUACACUAUGCACAAUCAUUAACAAUUUUCUCUGCUACAGGAACCAUCCCAUCAGUAAUAAUUUUCUCUUAACAAUAUGCUCCUGAAAGCUUGAUUCAUUACUUAAUAUUAUAAGGUUUAGGUGUUACUGGUUUGUAUUUUAAAGUACUUAUGUAAUCUCAGACUGAAAAUGUUGCCUGCAAAUGUAUGUAAUUAUUUUUAAUAACCACUCUGCACCUUCUGUUAAUACAUUUUUGCA